AUGAGGAAAUCUAGUCUCGAUAAUAUUUAUAAAGCUCUGCUUGUCCUCUGGACGGCAGAAUCAUGUAAUAAAAUAUUUACGAAUACUUAUGAAUUCCAAAGUACUGUCGAUACAAAAACAUCAACUUUGAGUUCCACUCAAUUUAUUGAUAACUGGAGUAAUAAGUCGGACAACAAAAUUCCUAGAUUUAGUGAAGACAGCGAUACUGAUUGGAAUGAUAUUUCGGAGGAAUCGACUUCUAAUUUCACUUAUGAUGAUGAUAGUGAUUGGUAUAAUUGGAAUAAUUAUUCAGAUGAAUCGCAUUCAAAUGACGCUAAUCUUGAUGAAAUUGAUUGGCAUGAUGAUUCAGAGGAAUCAAUUUUGAAUUCCACUCAACUUAUUGGUACUGAUCAGAAUAAUGAGUCAGACACAACAACCACAAGGUCGACUCAACUUUUCGAUAAAUGGGAUAACAAUUCAGUGAUACCAACUCUGAGCUCCAUUCAAUUUGUGGACAGCGAUUGGAAUAAUGAGUCAGAUACAACUUUGAGUUACACUCAACUUUUUGUUUCUGAAUUCAAUAAUAAUACGGGCACAUCAACAUUGAGAUCUACGCAACUUCUUGAUGCUGAAGGGAAUAAUAAUUCAGACACAUCAACUUUGAAGUCCACGGAAAUUUUCGAUACCGAAUGGUUUAAUAAUUCAGAUCCAACAACUUUGAGUCCCACUCAACUUUUUGAUGCUGAAUGGAACAAUGAUUCAGAUAUAACAACUAUGAAAUCGACUCAACUUUUUAAUACUGAAUGGAAUAAUAAUUCAGUCACAUCAACCUCAAGGUCCACUCAAAUUGUUGAUAUUCCAUGGAAUAAUAAUUCAGACACAACUCUAAGUUCCACUCACUUUGUUGGUAUUAAUUGGAAUAAUAAUUCAGACACAGAGACUUUGAGUUCCACGCAAAUUUUCGAUGAUGAAUGGAAUAAUGAUUCAGUAGGCACAUCAACUUGGAGUCCGACGCAACUUUUUAAUGCUGAGCGGGAUAAUAAUUCAGUCACAUCAACUUUGAUGUCUACUCAGCUCGUUGAUGUUGAUUGGAAUAACAAUUCAGACACAUCAACUUUGAGUUCCACGCAACUUUUUAAUGCAAAGCAUAAUAAAUAUUCAGACACAACUUUGAGUUCUACUGAAUUUUCUGAUGCUGAGUGGAAUAAUCGUUUAGUCACAUCCACCUCAAGGACUACUCAAUUUGAUGAUAUUGGUUGGAAUAAUAACUCAGACUUAACUACUUUUAAUUCUACACAACUUCUUGGUACUGAAUGGAACAAUAACUCAGAAACAUCAACUUUUAGUUCGACGCAACUUUUUAUUACCAAGCGGGCCAAUAAUUCAGUCACAACAACCUUGAUAUCUCCUAAGCUUGUUGAUGUUGAUUGGAAUAACAAUUCCGACACAUCAACUUUGAGUUCGACGCAACUUUUUAGUACCAAGCGGGACAAUGAUUCAGAGGCAACAUUUCUGAGUUCCACUCAACUAUUUGACACGAAAUGGAAUAAUCAAUCACACACAACUUUAAGCUCUACUCAACUUUUUGUUUCUGAAUUCAAUAAUAAUUCAGAUACAACAACUUUGAGUUCUACUCAACUUUUCGAUGCUGAGUGGAGUAUUAGUUCAGCCACAUCAAGCUCGAAGUCCACUCAAGUUGUUGAUAAUGAAUGGAGUACUAAUUUAGUUACAUCAACCUCGAGAUCCACACAACUUGUUAAUAUUGAUUGGAAUAAUAAUUCUGACACAUCGACUUUGAGCUCCACACAACUUUUUGAGGGUGAAUGGAAUAAUACUUCAGGCACAACAGCUUUAAAAUCUACUCAACUUUUUGAUGCAAAGUGUAAUAAUAAUUUAGGCACAUCAACUCCAAGCUCCACUCAACAUGUUAAAAAUCAUUGUAAUAAUAAGUUAGAUACAACAACUUCGAGUUCCACUCAACUUUCCGACGAUGAGUGGUACAAUAAUAUAGACACAACAACUGUCAGUUCGACUCAACUUUUCCAUCCUAAGUGGAAUUAUAUUUCAGUCACACCAACUCCAAAUUCCACUCAACUCGUUGAUGUUGAUUGGAAUAAUAACUCAGACACAACUGCGAGUUCUACUCAACUUUCCAACGAUGAGUGGUACAAUAAUUUAGACACAACAACUGUCAGUUCGACUCAACUUUUCCAUCCUAAGUGGAAGUACAUUUCAGUCACACCAACUCCGAAUUCCACACAACUCGUUGAUUUUAAUGGGAAUAAUAACUCAGAUACAACAGUUUCGAGUUCCACUCAAAUGUUUCAUGUUAAGUGGAACAAUAAAACAGUCAAAAUGACUUCGAGUUUCCCACAGGUUUGUGAUUCUGAGUGGAAUAAUUCAGCCACAACAACUAUAAGAUCCACACAACUCGUUGAUGCUACUUGUAAUAAUAAUGCAGUAACAUCAACUCCAAGUUCUACUCAACUUUUUGUUUCUGAAUUCAAUAAUAAUUCAGACACAACAACUUUGAAUUCCACUCAACUUUUUAACACUGAAUGGAACAAUAAUUCACACACGACUCCAAGUUCUACUCAACUUUUUGUUUCUGAAUUCAAUAAUAAUUCAGAUACAACAACUUUGAAUUCCACUCAACUUUUUGACACUGAAUGGAAUACUGAUUCACACACAACUUGGAGUUCUACUCAACUUUCUGUUUCUGAGUUCAAUAAUAAUUCAGACACAACCACUUCAAGUUCUACUCAGCUUUUUGAUGCUGAAUGUAACAAUAGUUUAGACACAACCUCGAGUUCCACUCAACUUUUUAAUUCUCAAUUCCAUAAUUAUUCAGACACCACUACUUUGAGUUCUACUGAACUUUUUGAUGCUGAGUGUAAUGAUAUUUUAGUCACAUCAACCCCGAUGUCAACUCAACUUGUUAAUAUUGAAUGGAAUAAUAAUUCAGUAGUCACAUCAACUGAAGCGAACUAUUUCAAAGAGACAACGGAUUGUUUUUGUACUACCCCGAAAACAUAUGAAAGUACUUAUAGUAUGGAUAAAAUAACCAAUUCUACUACAAAAUAUCCUUUGAGACAAAAAUUAAAACCGAAAAUGAAAGGUCAGCUAUCAGAGGAAGAUUUGUGUGCGCUUAAAAUUAAUAUUACUGUACCACAUCGAUGUAUUUUCACCAACCAGUUAAAAAAAAUUUAUCGAUUAUUGAAUGAUCGCCAUAAUUUACUUCUUCGAGUAGGUGCACAAGGAUAUGAUACAACAUCAAUAGAAAAUUUAAUGGAUUACAUUAUUAACGCACUUAAUACUAGUAUUUUACAUCUAACAAAUGCUUUAGAAACAGGUACUUCACCCAAUACAACUAUUUUAAACGAAUUGUUUCAAUGGCUUCCUGAUGGAUUAGAACCAUACCCAUGUGACUUAUCUCAACUUACCACAAAACCUAGACCUACAACAACCACUACAAUAACACCUGAAUCGACGACAACAACUACACCUGAACCGACAACAAGAACUACAACCACUACAACAACUACAACACCUGAACCUACGACAACCACGACGACUACUACUACUACUACUACAACAACACCUGAACCGACAACAACAACUACAACACCUGAACCGACAACAACUACAACACCUGAACCGACAACAACUACAACACCUGAACCUACGACAACCACGACUACUACUACUACUACUACUACUACUACAACACCUGAACCGACAACAACUACAACACCUGAACCUACGACAACCACGACUACUACUACUACUACUACUACUACUACUACAACAACACCUGAACCUACGACAACCACGACUACUACUACUACUACUACUACUACUACUACAACACCUGAACCGAAAACAACUACAACACCUGAACCUACGACAUCCACGACUACUACUACUACUACUACUACAACAACACCUGAACCGACAACAACAACUACAACACCUGAACCUACGACAACCACGACUACUACAACAACAGUUAAAACGACAAAGUCUUGGCUAGACGACUUAUUCUUCCCUGACUUUAGUACUACUACAACACUAUCUCCUCCGACUCCAUCAGAUUUAGUACCAACUCCUCCGCAAACAUAUCCUCCUUUAACACAUCCACCACCACCAGAAGAUCCUUUUCCACCACCAGUCAUAAAUAGUUAAAAAAUUAAUUCAAAAUGAAAAAAAUAAAAAAAUAGAUUAAAAAUAAAAUAUAUUUAUUUUGAUAAAAGCACCAAAUACAUUGGUAUAAGUUUUUAUACGAUCAAUGAUUUCGUCCUCUCUUUAAAGAAUUAUAGUAGUAUACCGUGUAGAAAAAAAAUUCCAAAAAUGUCCCGCACGUAGAACUUCUAAAUUUGAGAAUUGAACUUUAAGAUCUUUGGAUUAUUUAAAACUGAUCGAUAUAGUACUCUUUUCUAAUAUUUUUUUAACUUUAUUUU